AUGCUCGGGAUAUGUGGUGGAAGCUCGGACAAUGGCGACUACCAACAGCAUGACCCCGAGGCCGGCGGCCAGGCGAGGCUCUUGGCUCCGUUGCAGAUCCCGAAGAACAGAAGCACAGGAAAUCUUGGGGCCGUGGCGAACAGCUCCGAGAAGGCCCGCAUACGCUUCUCGUUCGACGCCGGCCCUUCGGCGGCCGAGUACGAUACAAUGUCAAGGAGUUCCCUCAUGACGGACCAUGACCAUGGCUUGGGAAUGUCCGGCCUCAGGCGCAUACGGCAGCAGCACAAUCCGGUGUGGGCCUCUCCCUUGCUGUCUGCUUCGAGUCGGACGCCCUCCCUGCACACCUUGACACGAUCGCCAUCUGCCUCCACGCUGCUGGAACCGCAUGUCCAGUCAAUACCGCUAUCACCGGGUGUAACGUCUCCCGCCUUUACCGAAGAUCUCUCGCGCUUUCCGUCCGAAUCGCUGCAUUCAUUUUCGUUCGCCCACCAGUCGGAGGACCUGAUACACAGCCGCCAGAAUGUUCUGAAGCGGUCGAUUGAGUUCAUGAAGGACCGGAGGGGCUGGACUGUUGCGUCGAACGCGGGGAUAGCCAGCGCUCAGGCACGGGUCACUGGCGAUGUCGAGAUGCAGAGCAUGCUAGAUUUGCUAGCGAAGGCACAGCUGGUCGGCGCUGGAAAUCUGCCUGCGGGAGGAGACGCCGGUCUUCUUACGGGACCGCUCACGGGGCCGGCAUCCAUGUCAGAUGCGAAUGUUUUCGACAAAGGCUUCGCACCGCGGACCGCAAGCCCCGAACCCUUAGAUGGAACACCCCUCACGUCCCCAGCUGCUCCUGCGCCGGCGUCGAUGCCUGCGUCUGCCGAAGUCCGCGGAUCCGAGCAGGACGCAUCGGCUUCGAUGACAGAUACGCGGCUUCAGCCUCAGCCUUUGCCAAGCGAAGGUACGGGGUCCGAAAGCUCGUCGCGGACACCGACGAACGAGAGCGGCACGACGGCGAAGACGUCCCCACCGGCAUCUAGACGUCCGAGUUUUCUGAAGCGGACGAUGACCGAAACGGACACGGUCCAGGUGUCAGUACAGCAGAAGCUUGUGGAUGUGAUGGCACAGCCGUUCCUCGCCGCUGAGGCGCAACAGCCCCAGCACAGACCAUCGCUGCCUUUUCCGCCGGCCAUUGGGCCAUCGGCCGGCGUAGCCCCCGUGCCACAUGGUCAUCCGACGAGAUGGGUGCCUGCUGCACAAGCAAUCUUCACCACCGAGGCGAAACCACCAUGGACGAUACAUUCGGCCAAUGACAUCGCCUGUUUGCUGUUCGGCGUGACCACUGCCGAGGUGCGGAAGAUGGGAAUCCUGGAGGUGGUUCAGGAGGAAAGGCGGGCAUGGCUGGUGCGCAAGUUGCAGAAAGGCAUCCACGACGAUGCCGGAGACGGCUCUGAGAGCGAAAUCUCUCAGCCAAGGCCUGCCGUGCAGACGUCGACGCUGCUUGGCGCCCGCGCUGGCGGGAUCACGGCAAAACUCCUAAGCAAGCCAAGCUCAAGAUCGCAGGCACCCAAGACCGGGCGACGGCCGGCAACCGUCCACAGUGGCGACCCGAAGCCGCCGAGGCCGGGGCAGGGCCACCGCCUCAGCAGCAAAUCUAGGGGAGUGCUGCUUUGUGGAGACGUCGUUCCUAUUCAGAAACGGAACGGUGCAACCGGCUCUGCCAGCUUCUGGGUGAUCGAGAAACGGGUGGGUUUGAUCUGGGUGCUGGAAGAGAUCCACGAGGAUGUUGCGUACAUCGAUCUCGACGAAGAGGGCACCGUUACCAAACUCUCUGGUGCGCUAGAACCGAUCUGGGGGGACGAGAAUCUGAAGACGGGUGUGGACAUUGGCACGUUGAUCCCUCGAAUCUCCCGACAAGGGAUCGACCCCCGCUUCGGCGAGAUCGACUACCGAGAAAUCGCCAAGAGGAAAUACUACACUUGCCGUAACCGCAACGGAAUCAACAUACCAGCAACGGUGGAACAGGUCAGCGGGUCCACCCAGCUGCGCGUGUCGAGCUUCCCGCACAUCGCGGGUAUCAUCGUGGUCUGCCCUCAAGACCUGACCAUCAGGAGCUCGAAUUCCGUCUUCUGCGGCGCGCUCUUCGGCUACGAGAAGCCGGAUGGCAUGUCAAUCAACCAACUGGUGCCCAACUUCGACAAGGUCCUCCGCAUCCUCACCGACAAGGACGGCAUCCACCUCGUUGAGGGCAUUGUGAUCCCCGAGCAUUCGUUCCGGAAGGCCUCGGCGUUCCUGGCUCUUGAAGAAGGCCUGCCGGAUGCCGCGACAGGGUUCCUGCGUCCUGACUGUCUCCCAGCCCGGCAUCGCGAUGGGUCCCAACUGAAGAUCGACAUCCAGAUGCGGGUCGUGAAGAGCGAAAAGCAAGUCGCAACGCACCACACGGAGGAGACCAGCGACGAGGAGUCCCGUUCGGAUGAGGCCGGCGAUGAGUUCGUGGUCGCGCAGACGGAAUGGGUCUAUGCACUGUGGGUGACGUAUUCGAGACACAUCCACGCCGCUCGUCCCAACUUGGGAGGCGUAUCAUCCCCAGUGCUCUCCCGCGUCGCGACGCCCCUACAACAACCAUCACCAGGCCAGACGCCUGCUCACACACCCCUAGAACUGCAAUCCGAUUCCGACGAGUCCUUCAAAGGUGAAGCUACAACCUCGACGCUGGCAAGUCAAAUCAAAAAGGCAGCCAUAGCAGCCGCCGCUAAGUUGACGGGCUCGCAAUCGCCAUCCGAGCCGCAGAAGGAACAACAGCCUGCGAUCGAGAAACCGGCUGAGCCAGCCAAGAAAAAGACCAUCGACGACUUCGUCAUCCUUGAGGACAUGGGCCAGGGCGCCUACGGACAGGUCAAGCUCGCGCGAUACCGGCCAACGGGGAAGACGUGCGUCCUCAAGUACGUGACGAAGAAGCGCAUUCUCGUCGACACCUGGACCCGCGACCGUAGACUGGGCACGGUGCCCCUCGAGAUCCACGUGCUUGACUACCUGCGGCGGGACGGGCUGCGGCACCCGAACAUCGUGGAGAUGGAGGACUUUUUCGAGGAUUCCGUUAACUACUAUAUCGAGAUGGCCCCCCACGGCCGGCCCGGGCUGGAUCUCUUCGAUUACAUUGAACUACGGACCAACAUGGACGAGCAGGAGAGUCGCAGCAUCUUUGUGCAGGUGGCUCGCGCCAUCCACCACCUCCACACCAAGGCGCUUGUGGUGCACCGAGACAUCAAAGACGAGAACUUGAUCGAUUUCGGGAGUGCGGCAUACAUCAAGAGCGGACCCUUUGAUGUCUUUGUGGGUACCAUUGACUACGCGGCGCCCGAAGUCCUCGCCGGCAAGCGCUACGGCGGCAAGGAGCAGGACGUGUGGGCGCUCGGCAUCCUGCUUUACACCAUCAUCUACAAGGAGAACCCCUUCUAUAGCAUAGACGAGAUCAUGGACCAUGACCUGCGCGUGCCGUACGUCAUCAGCGAGGAGAGCAUCGACCUGAUCCGUAAGAUGCUCAACCGCGAUGUCGAGAAGCGGCUUGACAUCGACCAGGUGCUGGCGCAUCCUUGGUGUCAGGGGUUCAUUGGGUGA